ACCUACACUGGGGUCCUUUAACUAAUAAAGCAAUGUUGUCGCUCUUAUGACGUCCUCUUUACCCGCUGUCGGAGAUAGGAUUGGAAUUUUAAGUCCACCAUCCAUCAUAAAUCUACAAUGGCCGAGGAAGGCAUCGCUGCUGGAGGUGUGAUGGAUGUCAACACCGCUCUGCCCGAGGUGCUCAAGACCGCACUCAUUCACGACGGGCUAGCGCGUGGAAUCCGCGAGGCAGCCAAGGCGCUCGACAAGCGUCAGGCUCACCUCUGCGUCCUGGCAUCUAACUGUGACGAGCCCAUGUACGUCAAACUGGUGGAGGCCCUCUGCGCUGAGCACCAGAUCAACCUAAUCAAGGUCGACGACAACAAGAAGCUCGGCGAGUGGGUUGGUCUGUGCAAGAUCGACCGCGAGGGCAAACCCAGGAAGGUAGUGGGCUGCAGCUGUGUGGUCGUUAAGGACUACGGCAAAGAGUCACAGGCCAAGGAUGUCAUUGAGGAGUACUUCAAGUCCAAGAAGUAAAGCGCAAAAAAAUAAAACCUUUUUGAAGUGAAACUA